CUCGGGCAAGGCAUGGAGAAAGCCAGGCACAAACAAUCGGGAGUGAUGACGGUUUUAGUGCGCGCACGCGGCCGUGCAGCUCUGCGGCCUCUAUGCACGAGGCGCAGAAGAAGCUUCUACCUCGCAUAGACACAUCCGGACGGCCUUCGAUAGCGCCUUCGUCCGUAGACUGUACAUGGGCAACAUAUACCAGCACGUCUGAUACAGACCUUGCUCUUCAGUGCAAUACAUACAUAUAUAUAGACAUUAGUCGAGUAGCAUGAUGCGAGAGAGAUCGCCAGCGUCGAUACAGCUCGUCAAGCGCAAACCAGUCCCCGUGCUCUCUUCUGCAGGCUACAAAACGCCAGUCCUUACCACGACGAGCGCAGUCAUCUCUCGACCGAGCACGCCUCGUCUCAGUCCGACCGCAACCCCCCAAAAUGUGCCGAGCGUCAUCGUGACAUCAGGCCAAGCAAUGAACGAAAAGGCAACGGAUUAUUUUGCUCUGUCGACGAACAGAGUGCCUACUGCCGUCGAUAAUGCUUCGACUGCUUUCCAGCGCGCGCUCCUUACUCAGUCAGCACCUCGCGUGCACGCUGCUCGACCAUCGAUCAAGAGGAGCGUGUCUGCGCCCGUCACACCUGCUGUUCAAUCCCAGCAAACCUACAAGACGACAUCGCCUGCAGAGUCAGUAGCGAGCAGUGUCGCUUCUCUGCCCUCUUCCGAGAGCUCGGAGCAAGAAGCCAUCACCCCGCCAUUGAUCGCAACGCCGCCCUUGCUGACUAUGCCAACGCAAGAUCUUGCGGAACCCCUCAUGACUGCACUGAAACUGCCUGCAUUGCAACACCAGGUCCUCGCAGAUCUCGACGCGACGCCAACGUCCACGAAGCCGCUCUUUGUUCGUCGUAAGCAAAUACCAGAUUCGCUCAGCCAGACGGCGACCUAUGGCAAACGCAACUCUUCGCUCGUUGCAGCUCCCUUGCUGAAAAGCAGCAAGAGUAUGCUCGAUCUGGCUUCGCGUGCACUGCCAGAGAUACCGCAGGAGGAGGCCCACAUGAGCUUGCCGGCUUCGCCUGUCAAGUCUCGAGACGUGAGCGACGCGGUGGAUUUGCUGGGCAGCUUGUCGGCGUGCAGCAGUAUCGAUUUUGACGACUUGCAAAAGCUGUUGCUCGAGAUUUCUGCCGAGAUCAAUGCUUCGUCGAGCGAGCUCAGUGCUUCGACAGAUCGUCUGCGAGAUGAUAUCUUGCUGCUGGCCUAGUCGGCCUGACGCUUCACUUCAUGUGUUAAUUUUGUGGGCUUGUUGCAGCUUUUUGUCAGGGU